AUGUCAACAUCACUGACCAUGAUUAGCAUGCAGAUCGCUCGUUUUACUCUUCCUGUGAUUAUUAGUUUUGGUAUGGCAGGUAAUUUACUGAAUAUUAUUGUAUUGACUCGACGUCGACUCUACAAUCACGCAUGUUCUCGAUACUUUCUUGCUGCUGCUGUUAACAAUCUAUUAGUUAUAUGUCUUGUUCUCGUAUAUCGUUUCUUAAUGAAUGUAUAUCAAGUUGAUCUAGGGACUUACUCCACAAUCUCAUGUCGAAUUAUAAACUACAUUACGACACUCACUUCAUACAUUUCUCCUUACUUGAUCAUCGCAGCUUCAAUCGAUCGAUACUGCGCCAGUUCAAUCAAUGCUCGUACACGAAAAUUUAGUUCUGUUCGUGUUAGCCAAUGGAUCAUCUUUAUCAUUAUCAUAGCAUACGCAGUUUUCUUCAUCAAUAUCUUCUUUCUAUACGAUCUACAGCCAUCGAAAGGUUUUACUUGUGCUGUAAAAGCAAAUACUGUUUAUAGUAGCAUCUAUGUCGUUCUGCAACUUUUUCUCUAUGCUUUGGCUCCGCCGUUUCUGAUGGUUUUAUUUGGUGUUUGGACUAUUUACAAUAUAAGGCGAUCACGGUUAGUGCCUGUGGUGAUUUCACGAUUUAAUCGAACUGAACAACAACUGGCACGAAUGUUAAUAUUUCAAGUAUGUGUACAUGUUUCGCUCACAAUACCAGCAAGUGUCUUUUAUCUUCUAUCGACUUUACCUAACGUGAUCAGUCCAACAUCUACUUACGUAUUUGUGUCAACAAUUGCUCUACUAUUGUAUUACUGUUCGUAUAGUUCAUCGUUCUUUUUAUAUUUUCUAUCUGGUUAUAUCUAUAGACAAGAGUUACUCGAAUUGUUUCAUAAAAUAUUUCGAAAUCGAGUAGGUAAUCGGAUAGUUCCUGUUACGAAUGCGACUCUUCACCCACCGAGAACGGUAGUAUUCAAUCAACGAUCCGCUGUUUGA